AUGCGUCACGAAUUGUUUAUCCUUUUCUUCAUGUUCCUCCUGGUAUCCAGCAAAUUGCCAGAAAAAGCCCGGUAUCGAAUUCGGAAAGGUGGAAAAAUUGAUAUUCUUCAUAGGCAAAUGCUUCAGAAAUGGAGAACAGCUUUUCGAAAAAACCAUCGGGAUAAAUCUCAAAACAAUGAAUUGGAUCAUAUUAUUGUCGAAAUGGAUUCAUACAUAAAACCAAGAUUUGGUUGA